AUGUCAAGUAAGAAAGAAAAAAGAGUAAGCAACUCCUCAACCAACAGUAAUAACAGUAAUGCAAGUUAUACAAGUAUUUGGUCGAUUGAAAGUGACUCCUCAACCAAUAGUAGUAAACCCCUUGGUUUUCAUGGUACUAGCCAUAAUUCUGUAGAAUCUAUUAUAAGGGAUGGCUUCAAAAAACAGUCUCAACAAGGACUCUGGCCACACGAGAAGGGUCUUUAUAUGUCUCCUGAUCUGAAAGUUGCUGGUGGAUAUGGUGCUACUCAAGAUGGACACAGAGUAAAACCCGGUGUGGUUCUAGCCGUAUCAAUUCCGAGAGGAACACCACAUGUCGAAACCUAUAUGCCUAUGGCAAAUAGGAGAGGAAUCAAAAAUCAAAUGGAUAUUAUGGAUAAAAAAUUUGGUGAAGGGAAUUAUUCUGUAACUGGUCCACAAUCUUCUGAAAAUCGUGCAAAAGAGACCAUCACCAAAUUUCCUAUUGCUAGCAAGGCAAAGUCGCAAAAAUUGUCAAAGCAACCAACACUCGACACUAUGGGUAAUUUUGAACCGGGAAGUGAUAUUCGGAAACAACAUCAAGUUAAACCUACUCACGAAGUGGUGUCCGUUAAAAGUUUCGCAACCAUCUCAAAAGUUCAGAGAAUCAGUUUCAUGAGGGCAUUUCCAGAAAAUAAAAAGUUUCAAAAAAGAAAAUAG